CAGAAGCAGGAAAACGAGGUUUGACGUCACAUCAUAUCUUCCGGAAUGGUUCCUGUUUUGAUUACAGCAACGUUGAAAGGUUGAAAAUGGGUAGCUAGCUGCGAAAUCAUUGUUAACAGAGUGAGUUUACUUUACAUAUUUACCCGCUAGAGCAAUAUCAGUCAACCUAUAAUUGCCUGUCUCAUGACUCUCUACACGUGUGAUCAUGGACAACCGUUGUUAUUGUUGUGCAUCAAAGUUCAGCCUCUUCAAGAAGGAGCUGGGCUGUAAGAGCUGUGGCCGCGCCUUCUGCUCUGGCUGUUUGACUUUCAGUGCUGUGGUGCCUCGCUGUGGCAACACCCAGCAGAAGGUCUGCAAACAGUGCCAUGGUAAUCUGACAAGUGGAGAAUCUCCAAACAAUGCUGGAAAAUGGUCUCCUCCUGAAAAUUACAAAAAACGGGUUGCUGCACUUGAGGCCAAACAGCAAGGACAGUCAACACAGCCUCUUGCCCAAGGAGGAAUAAGAAACAACAAAGCAGGUCAUCUACCAACCAAAGGCCUGAAUAAAGAAGAUCAGGCUAUUGCUGAUAGACUCCAAAAGCUGAAGGAGGACACUGCACCAAAAUCCAUCGCCUCUGAGAAAGAGCUUGAGUCUCGCCUUGCUGCUCUGAAAGCUCCCAGCCGGCCAGUGCCUUCUACAGGAGAGAUGGAGAACCGCCUGGGAGUUCUACGUGGUCAGACUCCACAAUCUCAAGCUCCUCCACCUCUGCACAAACCUCCAGAUAACAGGACUCAGACUGAACAAGCCAAUGAUCUGAUUACUCAGAUGACAGAAGAAGUUGCCAUAGACGACCAGCAAACAAAUCCGGAAUGCAGUGUAGAUGGCCGUAUGAAUGAUCUCAACAAGGGGGAGGGGGGGACAUUGGAUGAGAAUUUGGAGGAGAACCAGGAGGGAGACAAGCAGCUGGAGACCGAGAAGGACCGUGUCCUGGAGGAGGCCAUGGAGGAGCUGAGGAAGGAGCGCCAUUCCCAGGAUCAGAUCCUCCACAUGGCCAAGAGGAUGGCGCAGCUGAAGGGGCAGGACCCAGACAAAGUUACUAUGGAGGACUUUCAGCAUCCUGACAGUGAGGAGGAGACUGAGGAAGAAGCUGUGAAGAGAGUUUUAAAACAGCUCUCUGAAGAGGCUGCAUUGGAUGAGGCCAGUGGCUACAACAUACCUUUAGAACACAGUGGACCAAAGAACACAGAAAAGAAAAAAACUGCUAAGAAACCGACGCAGGCUCCAGCACCCAAGAGUAGGGUUUCCCCGGCUGCUGUUGCACAUCCCCUAUCAGACAGUGAUGACGAGGAGCUUCCAUGGUGCUGCAUCUGUAACCAUGACGCCAGUAUUCGCUGUCACACCUGUGAUGGAGACCUAUACUGCAACCGCUGCUUCAGGGAAGGCCAUGAUAAAUAUGACAGGAAGGAGCAUCGCACCACUAACUACACUGGGCCAAAGAAGAAGAGGAAGACAUGAUAGUGAGACUGCGCUGUAGAUGUUUGCCUCAUCAGGCUCUGGUCAGUCAUCACUGUUAGACUUGUGCUUUAGACUUAAGUGACCUAUUAUUGUUUAUAAAACUCAGAAGAUUUAAACACUACCUAUUAUCUAAAACAAGCUGGGAACCCUUUAUUUUCACCAUCUUAUCUUAUCCAAUCUGUCCAUGGUGGCUGUAAACAUGCGUCUUUGCACAGAAAGAGCAGCAUCUUCUUUCUGUAAUUACUAACAGGGAUCUAAAUAAACAAAUACAAAAAACAAUGUGUAACAUUUAUGGCAAAGCAAGGCCUAGAAAUAGGCAUAACACUUUAAUAUCAUACGGUAUGGAUAAUAUGAAAAACAGAGCUCCUAUUUUUUCUGUAAUGGUAUUUUAGCAAAACAGUUUCUCCACAUAAAAAAAGGUUCAAGCUGUCCAACCGAAUGAAGCUUGAAAGUGUUUUCUUAUGUCUAAUUGUCCUACUUCCCAAAGGCUCAACUUAGGCACACUUUGCACUUGUCACCAUUUGAUUAUUUAAAGAAAACAUACAGAAAGCAGCCACAUCACGAGCUCAUCCGGAAUGAUGUACAAUCCCAGUAACUGUCAGCUCUGGGCUGAAGGAGUACAGAGGAGCCGGUAUAAAAGGAUUACUGAGGGCUUUGUUUUCUUUUGGCAUCCACUGCAGUCACUCUUGUAAUCUAUGUUUGGCUGCAAGUGUGACAUGGGUGUUGCCUUCCUUGUCCUUGUGUGUAAUUCCAUUAUAAAGGAUGCAAAAGAGUUGGGCGCUACAGCAUGUCACAUCUUUUUAGUUUUAUUUUAUAACACUGAAGCCUUUAAAAAAAUGUAUUUCAGUCAUAAUAUUAUCACUUGACAAAAAUGUUGCAGACUAGCAGGUCUUCUCAGAAGUGUAGUCUUACAGUGUGGAUGGCCUCUGUGUCAGAGAAGCAAGAGUGGAAGUUAUGGAGGGGGGGGACCGAGCAAAUCAGCCGAAAGACCCUCUGCGUAUGACAGAGAGAAGACCAGAGUGCAGUUUCAUCAGUGUGCAUUAUUGUCAAGCUAACUGAGGAGAAACCAUAAUUACUCUUUCCCUCUGGGGGGCCUGUUCCAUUAAGGUUUGCAUGGAGGCCGUUACUGUGUUUGCCUUGUCUGGCCAUGUCAUACACACACACCACAGACAGGAAAUGGAUGAGGAUAAUGGAUGCAUACUUAAUGGACCUUUCCCCGCUGCUGAUUUUUCUGUGUUUACUCCUAGACUUGACAUCAACAUCUCCUUUGUUUCGCUCACUCUGUUGAAAGAUUUGUGCAUGAAAACAGAAGCUCGUAUUCUUUGAAUGACACGCUGCCAGCCGCGCUGCAGUAAAGUCUUACAGUCGUCUCAGGACAGUAGGAAAUAAUCAUUCUAAAGGCAAAUAAGUGUUUAAUAGCAGUAAUAAACAGCAAUUGUGGUAACUGGAUAGUUUUAUUGGUAGUAUAAAUUUAAUCGACAUGUCCAUAUUUAUUUGAAUGCUUGAAAUGAAUAAUACCUGAUACUGUUGGUCAGAUGUAACCCUUUUGAUGAUUCAUCAACAGCCAUGUCUUGAAAAUGUUCAAUUUUAUUUCGACAUACAACACUGUUAUUGGAACAAAAAUAUUUAUGUACAUAAAUAGGCAACCGAAAAUGUACAGUCUUACACAAAAACAAUUGUCCGUACAACUUUUAUCACAUGUGGAUUAUUGUUAUGUUUACUGGAGACAAAAUGUUAGCAGUCCAUAAAUUAAAGUGAAAUGAUAA